CAGUUUCGUCGACACCGUCAACCGAAGCAGCAACCAUGACUGGACGUGGAAAGGGAGGCAAGGGACUCGGCAAGGGAGGCGCCAAGCGUCAUCGCAAGGUGCUGCGCGACAACAUCCAGGGCAUCACCAAGCCGGCCAUCCGCCGUCUGGCCCGCCGCGGCGGAGUCAAGCGUAUCUCCGGCCUCAUCUAUGAGGAGACCCGCGGCGUGCUCAAGGUGUUCCUUGAGAACGUGAUCCGCGACGCCGUCACCUACACAGAGCACGCCAAGAGGAAGACCGUCACCGCCAUGGACGUCGUCUACGCCCUCAAACGCCAGGGCCGCACCCUCUACGGCUUCGGCGGCUAAGCUAUAUCACCACGGCUUGGCAAAAAUCGGCCCUUUUCAGGGCCACCCAAAUAUUUCUCGUUUGGUUUCCAAAGCAAUAUUUAAUCAUCACUAACUAUUAAAGAUCCUGUUAAGUCUUAAUUAUCAAAUCGAAUUCAUAGCAUGACGAAUUAACCAAAUAGAAUUAGUUUCCUUUAAAUAAAUUGAAUCCAUUCUCGGAGCAUAUUAGAAAAGCGAAGAGCUACUAAUCGAACAUCGAACUGAAACAGAUGGUC